AUGUUUUCAGGCGUCAUCAAGGCACUUGCCUUGUUGAGUUCAUACCUCACUGUAGGUGGUGAUGCUAUCACUUAUUCUCCUUUGAAGGCUCCGUCAUAUCCAUUGGCUGUGCGCAGCCCAUAUCUGUCAGCAUGGAUACCAGGAAACUCGGUAGCAUCAUUUCCAAACACCAAUGCGCAGUUUUGGUCCGGCAAUAGCCUCAUUUGGACUGUGAUAGCACGUGUGGAUGGCACUACGUACAACCUGUUCGGCGUGGCUAGCCCUAAUAGUGGCACAAAAUCAGCCACAGUCACUGCGGCCACUUACACAUCAACCCAUUCGACAUUCCAGGUGACUGCUGGAUCGCGCUCAUUUACUCUGGACUUUUUCUCGCCCGUAUCGCCAAAAAACUAUCUGCGUCAAUCGCUGCCAUUUUCCUAUCUUACAGUUACUCUAGCUGCUGGCUCUUCGAGUUCUGUGCAAAUUUACUCUGAUAUUGACUCGAGCUGGACUGGCCAAACAAGUGAUUCUAGCUGGAGUUAUUCCACAAAUGGAUCGACAGAUAUUUUUCAGAUCGAGACAGUUGGCGCGUCCACCUACUCUCAAAAUAGCAACUCACAGGCUCUAUGGGGAAGCGCUGUAUACGCCUCCCGCCCGUCGGGGAGCAGCAGCCUUUCCACUGGAGCCGGUCCUCGGGUUUCGACGAGAGAGCUCUUCGUCAACAAUGGAAAACUGGAUGGCAACCAUGCAAACUGGGCUUCUGGAUCAGUUGUAGCAUUUGCCCACGAUUUGGGUAAAACUGCUGCUUCCUCGGCAGUUACUUUUGCGAUUGGUCAUGUCCGCGAAGAAUCUAUCAACUUUCUGGGGACUACGCAGACUGGGUACUAUCGAGCAACUUAUGCUGACACAGUUGAUGCCGUCUCACACUUCCUCGAUGACUAUUCGGCCGCCAAUACUGAGUCUACAGCUUUCGAUAAACUGAUUCAGAAAACGGGAUUGUCCAGCUACGGGUCAAACUAUUCCGAUAUCCUCGCACUCACUGUGCGACAAGUCUACGGUGCCAUCGAAGUGACAGUUCCUCUCGAAUCGUUUGACACCAGCAGCACCCGCGCCUUUAUCAAGGAGAUCUCAAGUGAUGGAAACAUUAACACCAUAGAUGUGAUCUACGCAGCAUUCCCAAUCUUUUAUGUUCUGAGCCCCAACUAUAUUAAGCUGCUUCUCGGUCCAGUAUUCGAAUACCAGGCCAGUGACGCUUACUCCAAGUCAUACGCAGUCCAUGAUUUGGGUGCAAAUUAUCCAAAUGCAACAGGCCACCUCUCCAACGGCGAGUCAAUGCCAAUUGAAGAGAGCGGUAAUCUGAUUCUCUUGACCUAUGCUUAUCAGAAAGCCAGUGGGAACACAGAUCUCUCGACAACUUAUGCAUCCCAACUGAAGCAGUAUGCAGAAUAUCUCUAUGAGCAUGGUUUAUAUCCAAGCUCCCAACUAUCUCUAAAUGAUGCUCUGGGUGCACUUGCAAAUCAAACCAACCUGGCGGUCAAGGCUGUGGUUGGCCUUGCGAGCUACGAUGCAUUGUUUGACGAAACAACUUACACCACUACUGCAAAAGAAUGGGGUACAAAGAUUUGGACAGACCGCCUCGGAACUGACGCUAACGGCACUCACUUCCUGAUCCAAUACGAUACAAACCCUUGGUUCCUUGUCUUCAAUCACUAUGCGGACAAGUUGUUUGACUUGAAUGUCUUCCCCACUGCGGUUUAUACAGCCACCACAAAGUUCUACCCCACUGUACGGGAGACCGCAGGUGUUCCACUGGAUGGCUCAUUAGGCUGGGGCCAAACAAACUGGCAGUCAUUCGUAGCGGCGACAGUCACCGGAAAUGCCCGGGACAUCUUCAUCAAUGAUCUUCACGCCUAUAUCUCGAAUGGACUGAGUACAGCUCCUUUCUCGGAUCGAUACUGGGUCACUUCCGGUAGCGGGCAUACAGCUGGACAAUCCUAUGAUUUCCGUGCUAGACCCGCAGUUGGCAGCCACUUUGCUCUCGCAGGUUUGUCUAGUGCUAACAUUUGGUCUUCUUGA